AUGUCCUGGCAUGACUCGACGAACUGGACUGAUGCUGUGUUGCCAGAUUUGCUUCGCACAUAUUCUCCUGCCAAUAUUUUCAGUGUUACUGAGACUGGCCUGUUCUUCAGGUGCUUGCCAGUAGGUAUGAAUCAUUUGAGAGGACAAACUUGCUCUGGGGGAGAGCAUGCCUCAGAGAGACUUACCAUCAUAACAGCCGUCAAUCUCGAUGGCUCCUGCAAACUGCCAAUCUUUUGUGUAGGAAAAGGGGUCAGCCCGAAAUGCCUAAAUGGAAUUAAGAACUUACCCAUCACCUACAGGACCAGCAAUAAGGCAUGGAUGACAUCCAGUCUUUUCUCAGAAUGGAUUCUCGGCCUGGAGGGCCAGUUUUUAAAUGAAGGAAGAAAGGUGGCCAUGCUCGUGGACACCAGCCCAACCCAUGUGCAGCCAGGAGACCUUCACGCCAUCGAUCUGAUCUUUCUGCCACCUCAUACCUCCCGUAACCCGCAGUCCCAAGACAAAGGCAUUAUCUAUGUCCUCAAGCAAAGAUACCGUGAGGAAAUGCUGAAAAAACUCAUCUUACAUUUAGAGUUUACGCCACAGGAGAUCCAACGUGUUCCGAAUGACCGCCGACCAAAAGACCGCCAACUUCUAAACAAGCCUUCCGCCAAUCUCCCUGGUCCGUUUCACUGGACGUUGUUAGAUGCUAUGCACGGGCUCAGGAAGGCCUGGGACUCGAUCUCUCCAGAAACUGUACGCAGCUGUUUCAUCGCAACCGGCUUCUCCAUCCCAAAAGCUGACAAUUCUUCUAGUGAGGUGGCCUUAAGUUCAAGGUCUCAUCAGCUGCAUGAGAUGUCAUUAUUUCAGCGGGUCAGUGCAAACAUUCCAGUGGAUAUGUCACUGGUUGACUACAUCAAUGUGGAUCGUCGUGUAGUCACCUGGGAUCAGAUGGGCAUGGUGAGCCGUAUUAUAUCCACCACUUGUGCAAAUCAACUUCCUGUCUGCACCGCCGGAAGCCCAGUCUCACAGUCAUGCCAUUCUCCAAGUUCUUCUUUGUCGCAACCAUCGGUUGACAAUUCACAUUUGUUUACAUCCAGGGCAUUGAAAAUGGCUAACGGAAC